CAAUCAUCACAUCACAUCACCUAAUACCCAUAAUUAAAACAACACAACAAAUCUUAGUUCCCUCGUCGUCUUCUUCUUCUCGUUUGAAUUAGACGCGAUCAAAUAUCAAUUACAGCUCCCCGUACGGUGUAAUCAAGCCGCAAAGUUCCAUUAAGUUUUGCUGAUAUAAAAGGGGUAAAUUUAGCGGUUGAAAUGAAGCAAAAUGGCGAGGAUAAAACCUCAGGCUUUACUAGUUCAAAGUAAGAGGAAGAAGGGGCCGACUCGAAUCAGCAUCACUACGAUUGUCUUCUGCAACUUGACUGUGGUGUUAGUUGUGUUGUGCUUUGUUGGCGCAUAUAGACAUUGGUCACACAGGCCAGACCAACUGAAGGGGACUGGAUCUUCGAAUUUUGAGGACACUGAUGCCGCUGCGGUUUCAAAGAAGUUUGAUCUUCCUGGCCAUGCUAUUCUAAAUACAUCUAAAGGUCAUAUAAUUGUGGAGCUUUUCAAAGAAGGUUCGCCAGAAAUUGUGGAUAAAUUUAUUGACUUCUGUCAAAAGGAGCACUUCAAAGGGAUGCCUUUUCAUCAUGUGAUAAAAAACUAUGUGAUUCAAGCUGGGCAUUCCCAACAGCUUGCAGCGGCUGAGGAUUGGACUUCAAGAGGGAAGCUUCGUGGUCAACUUGCUACAAGUCCAAAGCAUGAGGCAUUUAUGAUUGGAACUUCAAAAACUAAAGAUAGUAAAGAAUUUGAGCUAUAUAUUACUACUGCACCAAUACCAGAUUUAAAUGAUAAGCUUAUUGUGUUCGGAAGAGUCAUUAAGGGUGAGGAUGUGGUGCAGGAAAUUGAAGAGGUGGACACAGAUGAACACUAUCAGCCCAAGUCACGCGUAGGGAUCAUCAAUGUGACACUAAUAACAUGAGAUUUGAGGAUGUUUUAGCGAGCUAGUGUAAAGUUUUUCUACCUUGCGAGACGAUUGUCACCGGGUUUGUUGUAAUAUUACAUUUUUCUUUCAAAUUUUGUUUUCUUCUGCCCCUAGAAUAUAGGAUUUUCUUUAUUUUGCGGGGUCAAAGUGGCUUGGACUUGGAGGGGUUGCAGGAAUGUUGUAAGGGUGCGUUCGGUUCAGGAAUCUUGUAUUAUUAGGAAUGUUAUAGUAAUGAAAAUAUAAAUUACCUUGAAGAUUACUGGGAAUGUUUAAGAAAAUGUGUUUGAU